AUGUGGACGCAGACCGAGCCACACCUCCCAAAGGAGAACAAGACCAAGGCGGCCUCUGGCUCAGACCUUCCAUCUCACUGGGAUGACAUGCAACCUGAGGAACGCUCACGUCUUGUAACUUUGGCGACGGACUCAGAUGAAUACAAGAAGGUGGUGAAACUUCUAGGCACGAGUGUUCCCCCUACGAACGUAGUUCAAGUGGAUCGCAUUCAGAAUCCAUUUAUGUGGUGUGCCUUGCAGAACAAGAUCAAGGAACUGACAGCUUUGUAUAAAAAUGCAGAUAGUGUGAACGUGCGACAGCUGUUCCAUGGCACCUCAGACAACGUCGUGGCGAGCAUCUGCAAUGAAAACUUUGACUGGCGACUCCAUGGCACGGCAGUUGGACAGGCUUAUGGGAGAGGAACAUACUUUGGUGUUGAUGCAGCCACCUCUUACCAUUACUGUCGCCCAGGAUCUAAUGGCAACAAACACAUGUUUGUAGCAAGAGUGGCUAUUGGCUCUGCGGUUGUAGGAAAUUCUGGCAUGGCACGGCCUCCCAUCAACCCUAACACCUCCAUGCCUUAUGAAUCCACUACAAACAAUAUCAGCAACCCCAGUAUGAUCAUUAAGUACUGCAAACAGGAGUACUACCCAGAGUACCUUCUCACCCUCAAGUAGUGCUUCUCAACCUCACCCACAGUACUACCAAAGCAUUAAGCAGUCCGUCAAACUGCUGAGCGACUAAAGUGUCCGUCAGAGUGUACGUAACAGUGUUAGUGACUUUUCAUUCUUUACGUAAAAAUGGUCACUAGACUUGGCCCACAGAAUGCCUGUGCUCUGUGAAUGUAAAGGCCUGUCGGUGCACUAGCUAGCAUUACAGGGAGAUGCAGCCUUUGUAGUUAGUACCUUGCCUUGCUAGUGUCUGUAUGGGUCUUGGUAGCGCAAGUGUUAUGUUGGUGAAUGUAAGGAAACCUGAGAUUGUGAUAUGAGCUUUGAUUUUUACGAAGUAUUAACAUGUUAUUCGGUGUGGACCUUCCUUAUUGCCGUUGUGCCUUCCUUUCACUAUAGCCACCUCGAUGGAAAUGCAAUAUAAUCUCAUUACUCAAUAAAAUAAUAAAAGGAACAACCUGUGAUCAAUGA